UUCACUUACAACACUUAGUAGAGUUAAAUGAACUCUUUGAUGGGGUUGAAAUGUAACUGUACAGUGUCACACUUGUUGGUAUCAGGCUUAACUCCAUGUGACGUGGUGCAUGGAUUAAUGAGGGUGCACCAGGAACCACAGGGUUGUUGGUUUGAUCCCUGGCUUUCCCAUGUUCCAUGUUGAAGUGUCACUGAGCAAUAUGUAAACCCCAUGUGUUAAAAAUGCAAUAUAAGUUGCUUUUGAUAAAAGCAUCAGCUAAAGGACUGAGCAGAUUUAUUUUGACACUUAUUCAGAGUUAAAUUGUAACACUUCGUUGAGUGUUGAUUUAACACAGAGUCAAUAUAACUCACUACCCACUGGUGUUGAGAAACGCUUGAGUAUUGUUAAAUUUCAACUUUAUAAGAGUUCAAAUGACCUCUAUAACAGUGUUAAAAUGACAACACGUUAAAGUGUUACAUUGACACUGUGGAGUGUGGACCCCAUAGGACCCUUUAAAAGUCUUAAAAUUAACUCCAAUAGUGUUAAUUUGAGUCUGUCCAUUUUGCUGUGUAGACAGAAGACAGUGGUAGGAAGUUGGGAGCUUCUGCUGCCGCGCCCUGCAGAAGUGGACAAGGAGGAAUGAACAACUACAACGGAAAGAUUCUGACAAGGGGCUCCAGCCAAGUACGGAGUCGGUUUGUAAAGAAGGAUGGACAAUGCAAUGUUCUGUCCACCAACAUGGAGGAGAAGAGGCAGCGCUACCUUGCUGACUUCUUUACCACAUGCGUGGACAUCCGCUGGCGAUACCUGCUGUUUAUUUUCUGCGCCAGCUUCCUGGUCUCGUGGCUUUUCUUCGGCAUCAUCUUCUACAGUGUCUCCCUGGUGCAUGGGGACUUUGAGGGGCAACCAGAAGCGAGUGGUGAUGGGAUGGCGGUGGCGGGGCUGCCCGGGCCCCCUUCUGGACACACAUCUGGCGGGGCGACACAAAGGAUCCCCUGCAUACUGCAUGUCCGCGGCUUUGUCGGGGCACUCCUAUUCUCCAUGGAGACCCAGACCACCAUUGGUUACGGCUGGCGCUGCGUCACCGAGGAGUGCCCCGUCGCUGUGAUGACAGUGGUCGUCCAGUCCAUCGUGGGCUGCAUCAUUGACUCUUUCAUGGUCGGCACCAUCAUGGCCAAGAUGGCGCGGCCAAAGAAGAGGAACCGGACCCUCGUGUUCUCCAAAAAUGCUGUCAUCGCCCUGCGUGAUGGCAAGCUGUGCCUCAUGUGGAGGGUAGGCAACCUGCGGAAGAGCCACAUUGUGGAGGCUCAUGUCCGUGCCCAGCUCAUACGGUCCUACGUCACAGCUGAGGGGGAGUUCAUCCCCUUGGAGCAGAUGGACCUCAAUGUGGGCUAUGACGAGGGAACUGACAGACUGUUUCUAGUGUCUCCACUGGUCAUAAUCCACCAGAUAGACAAAGACAGCCCCUUGUACACUUUGAGUCAAGCUGAUCUUGAGGCAGAUGACUUUGAGAUUGUCGUCAUCUUAGAGGGGAUGGUGGAGGCCACGGCCAUGACCACCCAGUUCCGCAGCUCCUACCUUGCCAGAGAGGUUUUCUGGGGUCAUAGGUUUGAGCCUGUGAUUUAUGAGGACCGGGACCGCUACAAGGUAGACUUCUCUCGCUUCCACAAGACCUACGAGGUGCCGUCAACGCCCCACCUCAGCGCCAAGGAGCUUGACGAGGUCGCCAGUCGGGCCUCAUCCGCCGCUUCUCCCGCCUCGGCCUACAUAUCCAACCAAGACUUGAUCCCCAGAUCCCUGAGCGCCUUUUGUUACGAGAACGAGGUGGCAUUGAGCUGCGGGGAGGACGAGGAUGAAAUCUUCGAUUGCCAGAUCUUGGGGAAGGAGAGGGCAGAAGAGAGGAGGACUUCAGUGUCUGUAGACUUUCAAAAUAAGUUCCAGGACACAGCGACAGUGACACCGGGCAGUCACAGCGUCAUGUGUGUUCUGGACAUGGACAACAACCAGAUGGAGUUUGACAUCCUACAGACUGCAAUCCCUCUUGAUCCAGUGUCCUAUAAGAGUGAGCAAGACAUCUGAAGAUCUUUGUCCCUCUUAUAUUUCACUGCAAAUCCUUUCCAAUUCUUCUUCAGUGAGUUGAGGCGAAGGUUAUGAUUGGUGAAAUUUGCAUUUGCAUGUUCAGAAUUUAAAACCCCUUUUGCCUUGUGUGUUUGUUUAACAUUCAUAUUUGGGGUUUUUUUCUUCUCAAGGAGAUUAGAAAUGACAAAAAAGUACACAUUGCUAAAUAACAUUUGGCACAUGCGACUGCAAAACUUAAGAGAGCCCAAAAUCACCAACCAGACUGUAGACAGUGACCUGACCUGGCU